CGCGCGGUGGUGAAGGAGGCGUGCAAGGCUGAGCACAAUGGAGAAUAUUUGCAUCGUAGAAUAGUAUCUGACCGGCUUUGAGAUGUACUUGUAUUGCGCCUGGCAUUUCAGCUGGAUUAUCUGCAGGUUUUGUUUCGCAACUGAGCGCUCUUUGGGCUGGAGAUCUCACCAUCUUGUGCGAUUUUGGCACGAUCCAUAAACAGGAGUCAUCGUAUAAUGCAGCAUUGAACUGAACACCGUAAUGUGGUGUUGUUAAUGCAUCCCUCUCCUCUUGCUCGUCUGCAGAAUGUAAAACAUGAUCACGAUGCCAGGAUAAAUUGAAGGAUGAACGCGUAGGGAGGAUAAGCAUAUUGAAGAGUUCCAUUUGGAGAUAUUCUGGUGAGCAUCCAACCAGAUUUGCUGCUAAUUCUACAAGCUUGUCUGAAGCAUAGAAUUGUCUGAAAAUUGGCAUCUUCAAGUCUGGAUGCAUAAGAUGCUGUACACCCCAGCUAUCAGGUGAAUCUUCAUCGGUCCAUGGUGGAAAUUGCUUGCCUACUACACGCCUAUAAGGCCAAUUGUGUGUUCUUGUCAAAUUGAUCGCAUCAUUUGCAGCCUGUCUGAGUUUGUCGAUUUCUUGACUAUCUAUGAAACCAUCUAUUAUAACAUAACCAUCGUUUUCUAAGUAGUUUUUAUAUUCCAUCGUUCUUGUACUUAUACUAUCACGUCAAAUGAUAAGUUCAUUAAGAGCAGCUAGCCGAGUACCGAUAGCGGUGCAGAGAGGUCAGCAGCGCAGAAAAUUCGGCGCAUUAGCAGUACCAUUUUUGGAAAUACCUAAUAUCUUACCAUUCACUCCAGCUUAUGCUACCACUAUCGUCCUUCUCUCACUAGGUUUGCGUGCUGGUAUAACACUACCUUUGUCAAUUUGGCAGAGAAAGCGUACAUAUAGACUAGAGCACCAUGUUAAACCUGCUCUCGACGUAUGGGCUAUUGAGAAUAAAGACAAAUGUAGACGUGAUUGCAAAGCUGCAGGUAUGAGUUAUGAAGCCUACACUAAAGAGUGGACGAGAAUGUACAAAUCACAGCGUAGAGCUCUCGCGAGAGCUCACAAUUGCUCUGUUUUACCAACAAUAAUUACACCACCAUUGAUUGGUAUACCGAUAUUCAUCAUCGUCAGUAAUACCAUAAGAGUAGCCUCAAGCGUGGCCCUCACAGAGCCCGAGAAGUGGUCAUUAGCAACUGAGACGCUCUUCGAUUACCCAAGUUUAGCCAUUCCAGCUACAGAUCCAACCGUUGCACUCCUUAUCGGUGCUAGUUUCUUAAUUAACACCGAAAUCAAUUCAAAUUUGAGAAAGAAAUUACUCGAAAUACGGACACCUAGUUCGCCAACAAACGUCGACAGUGAACAAAAGGAUGUCUCACAAACACCACAAGAGAAUAACUCCAGAAUGGAUAUGAGUGUCCACGAGAAAGGAGUCACUAUCCUUCUUCGUAGUCUUAGUUUGGGAAUGAGCUGGUUUGCGCUCAGUAUACCACUCUCUUUGGCCUUAUACUGGUUGACGAGCGGUGUAUUCUCAGUCGGACAAACAACAAUACUCGGUCUGAUGAGCAACAGAGAUGCAAAAAAUCAUGUAAAGAAUGAUAUCGAACGUCUUCGCGAUAUCAGAAUACAAGAAUACCGUCGCUUCGAGGAGAAAAAGAAGUACGCGAAGUUAAGAAGAUAAUCUGUAAGUGACAAAUACAGUCAUAAUGUGAUGAAAUAUAGGAUUUUGCAUACACCCCUUGACUUACACCUUGUGGGCGUAGAUGUAAACUCAACUUGAUCUAAUCUGAUAAUGACUUACUUUAUACCAAGUAACUAACCAGUACCUUUGACAGGGAUAUAGAAC